UAUUGCAACUAAACUCACGAAAACACAAACAAUUAACAAUUUAAACCCUUCCUAGCCCCGUUUCCACUUGCAGUGGCACCAUAGAUGGGGAUCUAGACUUUAGACUUUAGACUAUAGAGAAUUGAUCGAUGCUAUCAUACAGGUAGCUGGAAAACUUGUAAAAUUAACGUUUGCGGGACCAUCAAAGAUUCAAGAAGUCAAAACCCAAAACCCAAUCAUUUAAAGUUUACCCUACCUAUCGUGCCUUCUCACACAGAGUAAACUCCACGACUCCAUCAAAAGCCAAUACCCUUAACCCUAACACCCUUAUCAUUAUCUCUUCUUUUGUGUCUCUCUCUCUCUCCUUCCAAACAUCCCCAUCAAAAAGUGCUCAACAAUUCUAUGUUAUGUUAUUGUUAUUGUUAUUACCAAUACAAAAUCAUUAACAUUCCCAAAUUUCCAUCUUACACGGUGCAAUCACUGACACGUACGGUGGGUAUUAAUUAGGUUUUCUCAUGCGCUAAACAUUUCCCUUCACUUGCUUUUGCAGCAAAAAAAAAACAAAAAACCAUCGGUUAUGGGCAUCCACACGGAUUGCCGUGCACCACUGUUGAUGAAUUUGGAUCAUGAUCAUGUUUGUUUUCUUCUUCUUAUUCUUCUCGUGCCGUCCAUCACGGCUCAGUUACAAAACUCGCCGCCACCGCCACCGCCAUCGUCGGAUCCUUUCACGAGGUUAAGGUUCGACAAGACCAUGGCUGCGGUUUUGGUCAUCCUGGUAGUUGUUUUUUUUGCAUUGGGAUUUGUUUCUAUAUACACGCGCCAAUGCGCGGAGCGGAGGAUCAGAGGGAGGCUCGACCUCGCCGUGGAGAUCGCCGCCGGGAUGGAGCGCCGGCAGCCCCGCGGCCUCGACGCGGCGGUGGUGGACACGUUCCCGACCUUCGUGUACUCCGAGGUUAAGGCGCUGAAGAUCGGAAGGGUGACGACGCUGGAAUGCGCCGUGUGCCUCAACGAGUUCCUCGAUGACGAAACGCUGCGUUUGAUUCCCAAGUGCUGCCACGUGUUCCACCCCGAUUGCAUCGACGCGUGGCUGGUGAACCACUCUACUUGUCCCGUUUGCCGCGCCAACCUCGCUCCAAAGCCCGAGGACGCGCCUUCUUCUGUUGAGAUUCAUGUUCCAGAUCCGGCCCGGCCCAUUGGGCCCAAUGACAUCAACCGGGUGGAAGAAGAGCAUGAAGGUGAACAAAACAGAAUUGUUACGGAGCCGCCACGUGUUUUAGAUGAUCUUAACCGGGCUCGACCGGUUCGGUCUAAAUCGACCGGGAUUGGAAAUGCGAGACUGUUUCCGCGAUCUCUCUCGACGGGUCACUCGCUGGUUCGACCGGGUGAUGAUUGCGAGCGGUUCACACUGCGGUUACCGGAGGAGGUGAAGGACCGGCUCGUGAGAUCGGCGACGCUGAACCGGACGAAGAGUUGUGGGGUGACGUGGCAGCGGCAGAGCAGUGGGAGGAGGGGUUACCGGACGAGGAGUGUGGGGCGGUACGAGCGGUUCGGUGGGGAGGGCCGGUUGGACCGGUGGGGGUUCAUGUGGACCCCACCGUUUUGGGGUAGGACUGGUUCGGUGAAGUCACCUAAGCCUACGAGGGUGAAGGAUGAAGUUGACGUGGGAGAACGUUCCUCUGAUCGUUUGUUUUCCAAGGAUUGAGGAUACGAGGUUUGAUGUGGACAAAUCAUUUGGGUUUCUUAUUAUCAUUUUAUAUAUAUACAAACUCCAUGUUCAUAGUAUUUCAGUUUAAUUUUUGGAUUUGGAUUUUAUAUAAUCUGUAUUCGUUAAUUGAUAACAUGGGUAUUUUGUCCUAUGAUAGAAAAAGACAAUGUAAAAUCACUCAUGGUAAACUUUAAGUGCUUAAUUUUAAAAAUAUGGG